GCAUAUUUUCACUCGUCUUUUCUCUCUCUGCCAAAAAUUCCCAACAUGAAUUUUUCAUAAUUAAAAAGAAAAAAGAGAGAGGAGCUUUUAUAAAUUGUCACUUUUGUGUAUAUAAAUCUAUUAACUCUCCUCGCAGCAUUUUGAAUUGCAGUUUCUUAAAUCUUCACCAUUCAAAAUGCCUUCAACUUCAAUGGGAGAUAGCAGCAUUGAUGCGGGCCCAUUCGAGGCCUUCUUUGAUGGCUGGAUUGUUCGUCAUGAAAAUUUUGUUGAUGAGCUACUCAGAGCACAACAAAGUUACGAUGAGUCAUGGGAGGAUGCAAUCAGGGGCCUUAUUUCUCGAGUUCUGGCUCAUCUUCAAGAGUAUUAUCAAGAAAAGUCAAGAAUGAUUCAAAGGGAUGUAUUUCUAGUGUUUUCACCACCUUGGUUUACUGCAUUGGAAAGAACGUUUUUUUGGAUUGCAGGAUUCAGACCCCAAUUGGCAUUUUCUCUGGUGAUGAGAUCUGUGAAUGAUUUUACUGAGGAUCAAUCCCAGAGAAUUCAAAGGUUGAGGCAUGAUGUAGAAAUGGAAGCAGAGAUGCUGGCUGAGGAGUUGGCAAGAGUUCAAGAGAGUGUGGCAGCCCCACCAGUGGCUGAGCUGGGGAAGCAGGUAGGAAGAAGGGUGGUAAACGGUGGCGAAAUAAGGCAUUUGGAUGCAAUGCCGCCUGAGCAAUUGAGGUCAAAAAUGGAGAAUUUGCUAAUUGAUGCGGAUUCGUUGAGGAGAAGAAUAGUUCAGGAGGUGGUGAAUAUACUGAGUCCCGCACAAAAUAUGAGGUUCUUGGGUGAUGCAAUUCAGCUCCACCUUAGGAUUCGGGAGCUGGGACGGCAGAGAGAGGCGGAGGCAGAGCUGCUUCACCAACAACAGAUAAAUGGGUGGUAGACAAUUUCUGUCUAGCGAGUUACGUACAAAUAAAGAAUGGUCGUGUUAAUAUUUAUAGUAGUCUCUAUAUUAUGAAAUAAUCUGAUAUCCACUCGUUUGUAUAUACAUCAAACUUGAGGGACAGAUCAAUUUGCUACAUAUUUUGUGUAUUAAUGUGUGCAUGUGUAUAUGCUUUUCAGAGAUGAAAUAUCACGCAUAUUUACUACUUGUAUA